AUGGCCCCCCUGCUAGAUAUAGAACCUGAUUCGCCUUUUGACAGUGGAUUUCUUGACCUGAAGCAGGCUACGGUCGCCACCAGCGAUGUACAGGUAUCUAAUGGCUUUCUCGGUCAGGAUGAGAACGGCCACAAUGGACUUGUCGAACACGUUCCACCGCUCACCAAUCGGACGGAGUCCCUGUAUAUUGUGAAAGAGGUGUCCAUGGGCACGAGAAAGCCUAUCCGCGUCGUGUGCCUCGGGGCAGGCUACUCGGGAAUAAUGAUGGGUAUUGUAUAUGCGCAGCGCAUGACCGAGAUGAACGUGGGCUUUUGCAUUUAUGAGAAGAAUGCUGACAUGGGCUGCCAAUGCGACAUUCCUGCACAUAACUACUCCUACUCUUUUGAGCCCAACCCCAACUGGCCCAAUUACUACGCCACCUCGCGGCAGAUUCAUGAUUACAUGAAGCAUGUGAUGGAGAAGUACGACGUGGAUAAAUACAUCCACACUUCCCACCAGAUCCUAAUGGCAACCUGGGACUCAGAGCAAGGGCGAUGGGAUCUCAGGGUUAGGAGACCCAGCGGAGAGGAAUUCGAUGAUCACUGCGAGGUGUUUAUCAAUGCUGGGGGCUUGCUCAAGUCACACGGCAACUGGAAGUGGCCAAAUAUCCCUGGUAUCGGAGAGUUCGAAGGAAAAUUGAUGCAUUCAGCCAGUUGGGAUGAGUCUUACGAUCUCACGGGCAAACGCGUUGCUGUCAUUGGGAUCGGAUCGUCGGGUAUACAGAUCGUCCCCAAAAUCGUGAAAGAUGUGGACAAGUUGGCCGUCUUCAUCCGCUCUAAAACCUGGAUAUCCCCUGGCCCAGGUAUCAACGAACCCUCAGAAGACGACCCAAAGAUGGAUCCACACUACAAUUACACCCCUGACGAAAUCUCCCGCCUCAAUAGCGACCCGGAGUAUCUCAAGCAACAUCGGCGCAACCUGGCCGACCGACGCGCCAAGAUCUUCGACCGCGCAAUCAAGACCAGUGAUCUUCAGUCUAGAGCGCAAGUAGUUUUCCGCGCCACCAUGAAAGAGCGCCUGGGAGACACCGAAAAGGGGCGCAGAAUUGCGGAGAUGCUUAUCCCUGAUUUCCCGAUCGGGUGCAGGAGACAGACGCCCGGCUUCGGCUUCUUGGAGAGCUUGGUGAGGCCCAAUGUCGAGGUGAUACAGGAUCGGAUCGUGAGGGUCACCAAGGAAGGGAUUGUAUGUAAGGAUGGGGAGGAGACGAAGUUGGAAUCCAUUAUUUGCGCCACGGGGUUUGAUACGACCUUCAAGCCUCGAAUUCCGAUCGUCGGCCAGAAUGGGUUAGAUUUGUGGCGGGAAUGGGACAAGGAAGACCCAGAGGCAUAUUUUGGGAUUGAGCGAGAGGAAAAGAGAGCUUUAGCUAACAGCACCAUCAAAGCCUUCCUCGGCCCCAAUAGUCCCAUCUCCAACGGCACGCUUGUCGGCGGUCUCCAGAUGACGGCCGUGUACAUCUACAGAGCCAUCUUCAAAUUGCAGACUCAGUCCAUCAAAUCUCUAACCGUCAAGUCCGAGGUGGUGCGCGACUACAACAUCCACUGCCACAAGUGGCUCGAGCGCAGCGUCUGGACGGCCCCCUGCGCGAACUGGUACAAGCGCGGGACCAAGGACGGGAAGGUGGUCGCCAUCUACGCGGGCACGAGCUACCAUUUCAUGGAGGCACUCCGCGAGCCCCGGUGGGAGGACUACGGGUACGAGUACGACGUCGACGCCGGCGGCGUGGGCAGGAACCGCUUCGCGUACCUAGGCAACGGACAUACUGUGGACGAGGAGCGCGGGGAGAAUAUGGCGAAGAUCCAGACGUUGGAUUUUGACGAGUACUGGGAUAUUGUGGCGUAG